AUGUCGGCCACAGCGCUGGAGACGCAAAUGACCAGAGGCGCAGGGGAGGGCUGCGGCGACGACGACAGCAACGACAGCAACGACAGCAACGACAGCAACGACAGCAACGACAGCAACGACAGCAACGACAGCAACGACAGCAACGACAGCAACGACAGCAACGACAGCAACGACAGCAACGACAGCAACGACAACAGCACGGCGAGAUCAUGGUGGGAUAGCCAGUUUACAGUUUCCGUCCACGGCAGUGGGCUGCUGGUCGACAUUGUUGAGGACGAUUGGAUCAAGGAGCCGCUUCCGGUUGAAGAGGUUGAAGUUCCGAUUGAUGUUGAGCUUCCCCCCGACGAAGACGAAGAGAGCACCCAGCGACCAGAAUCCGAGUGGCAGGAGAUGUCAUUCGAUCGCUUCAACAUAUCGCGCGACGAUGCUGGGGCUCAUUCAGCAAGCUGA